GGCUACUCUUGCAGAGGCCUACAGCUGAGCACAUCACCAAGGGCCCUGCCCUUGCCCCUCAGAGACUUGGAAGAGUACAGUGGCUGAAGAGUGAGGACACGAGGGACCACGGCCAGAUGUCACCAGGUCCCAGGUGCAGACCGAGCACUGGGGCACGGGCUGCUACACACGGUGCAGGUGUCUGUGGACGAGGCUCCAUGGACAACAAGGCUCUGCUACUGAACGUAUAUUAUGACAGAGACUCCAGGAACUGACAACAGAGGGUCAGGUCACAGCCACCACAUCCUUCUGCCUGUGAGGGGGAGUGCUUGGGGGAGGAGAUCUUGUCCUAAUUUGCACCCAGGGGCUGUAGGAACCCCUGAUGCUGUCUGGAGCCCCUGAUAUUGUAGAAUAGGAGGAAGGUGUGAGCAUUAAGACUCUGUCAGGAGAGGUUCUAUAGACCUUCAAGCCACAAUGAAGCGAAAGGCAUUUGCCCCCACGGUCAUUCUCUUUGCGCUAGCCUGCGUCUGCAUCCCUGCCCCUCUCUGUGAGCCAGUCUCUGCCCCAGGAGGACACCUGUCCUCACAGCUGCCCCAGGGCUCACUCCUAGUGGACACAGGCCCCCUCACCUCCCUCCACAAUCAGCAGCAUCUGCUCACCAAGUGCAUCCCACCCUGCGGCCAGGCCAGUGGGGCAUGGCCAGACCUGUCCACACCUGAAAACACCUCCCUCGCCUCAAAGCCCAGAUUCUGGGAUUGUUCCUGCUUGUCCCUUCCUUUGGAGCAGGAGUUCUGUUUACAAGAGCAGCCCCUGCCCCCAGUGGAGCAGAGGGCUGUCACUAACGAGAGUCACCUGACCGCUACUGUCCCUGCAGAAACAUCAAAAAGAUUCCUACCGUCUAUCCUCUGGAGACAGACACAGGUCCGGAGAGCCCCACCUCCCCUCAGGAGCCUCACCAGCCAAAGGCAUUUACAGAACAGAGCAGGACACUAACAAGGAAGGAAAGGCAUUUACAGACAGCUGCCAGAACAGAGCAGGACACUAACAAGGAAGGAAAGAACAGACAGCUGCCAAACAGAGCAGGACACUAACACAGAAGGAAAGGCAUUUACAGACAGCUGCCAGAACAGGGCAGGACACUAACAAGGAAGGAAAGGCUUCACCAAGUUGCUGCCAUGCCAACACACAACACAGAGGACGGCUAUAAAGCUGGACAGCCCUGAGCACCACACACACACACACACACACACACACACACACACACACUCUCUCUCUCUCUCUCUCUCUCUCUCUCUCUCUCUCACCCUCCUCCAGCCACCGCCCCCACCAUGGCCAUGUCCACCCUGUCCGUCUGCUCCAGCGCCCUGAGCUACGAGCGGCUCUGCCUGCCUGGUCCCUGUGACUCCUGCACCGGCUCCUGCUGGCAGGUGGACGACUGCCCAGAGAGCUGCUGCGAGCCCCUCUGCCACGCCCCCAGCGGCUGCACCCCGGCCCCCUGCCUGAACCUCGUCUGCACCCCAGUGAGCUGCGUGUCCAGCCCUUUCUGCCAACCAGCCUGCACCGGCCCCUGCAUGGCCUCAUGCCGCCAGCAGUCUAGCUGCCAGCCCCGCUGCACCUGCUCCCCCUGCCAGCAGGCCUGCCGUGUGCCCAUCUGCUGCAAGCCUGCGUGCUGCACACCUGUUUGCUGUAAGCCUGUCUGCUGCACACCUGUGUGCUGCGAGCCCGUGUGCUGUGAGGCCGCCCCCUGCUCAGCCCCCUCGUGCUGCCAGCCCACCCCCUACCCCUCGUCCUGCCGCAGACCCUCCUCCUCCGUGUACCUGCUCUGCCGUCCCGCGUGCUCCCGCGCUGCCUGCUGCAUCCCUGCCUCAGUCUGCUGCUGACUGGGCACAUUGCCAGCUACUCCUAGGGCCAACCCUGAAUUCCAUCUGAAACCUCUGCAGUGUUGAGCCCAGUCUGGGAUCUCCUUCUGCCCCAGAACCACCCAUUUCCACAGCCUGGGCUGAGUCCUCACUGCCCAGCUGGCUCCCUGGACUGGCUCCUGGCUUCCUCUAGACCCUAAGUCUCAGCAGCGUCCUCCUCUCCAUCCUUGUCAGAUCGUGGACUUUGUUCUGCCCAAUAUGAGGGGCUGGUCUGUUAACAAAUAAAGUCAUUGUCAGGCCCUCUCCGAGACCGAGUGCAUAUCUGUGCAAACCCUAGGGAAGAGCUUUGAUGUGGAGUGUGGCCUUGAGCUGCGUCCAGGGCAGUAGGACCAUUGGGCAGGGCCAGACAGGCCCUCCCACACUCUGCCUGGGCGUCCUGUGCUAGCAGUUCCCCUGCAGCCUCCAGCCCAGAGAUUCCUGCUCACCUGGAGACCCCUGCAGCCUCCACCAGUGAAGGACGGCAGCGGGCAGGUAACCAGGCCCUGGGUCUCACACCCUGGGGACUUGGAGCUUUACUAGAAACAGGGGACACUCCGUUUAAUAAAGCAUCUGCCUUGAAGGCAUAAAGCCCACUCCAGAACAGCUUCAGACAGGCUGGGGCCAGCUGCUCUCCAGCGCCCUGGGCACGAGGGUGAGUGCUUCUGUCUGUGAAGAGGCCAGGAGGGAGAGAGCCAUGUGCGGUGACGAUGGAGCCUGUGUUAGGGUUCUCCAGAGAAACAACCAAUGAGACGUGUGUGUACAUAUGCAGAGAGGUUUAUUUUGAGGAGCUGUCUCACGUGAUUGUGGAGACUGGCAAGUCCAGAAUCUGCAGGGCGGGCUUCCCAGGGAAGAGCUGGUGUUGCAGCUCGAGUGUAGAGAUGGUCUGCUGGUGGAGUCUCUUCCUCCUCUGGGGACCUCAGUCUUUUCUCAAGGCCUUCAACUGAUUGGGUGAGGCCCACCCAUGUUUUGGAGGGCAAUCUGCUUUCCUCAGAGUCCACUGAUUUCAAUAUUGCUCUCACCUAAGAAAUAAGUUUGUCAUGACAUCCAGACAUGUUUACCCAAACAACUGGGCACCACGACCUGGUCAAGUUGACACAUGAAACUCACCAUCACAGGGACCAACAGCCAAGGGGGAGGAGGGAUAUUUGGAAGUGGCAGGUGCUCACUGGGCGAUCCCCUCAGGAAUUCAAAUAUUAAGGCAGGUUUCCCUCUUGGGAAAUACAGCGAGGAGGGAGUCACCCUGGCCCUGCAGGGACGGUGCUGGGCAGGCAGUCACCUGGAGGACAUGGGUGUUCCCCAGCGAGAAGGGCCUUGGCCAGGGACCUCAAAUGUAACUGUUAACUAUUAUAAUAGCUCCAUUUAAAAGUGAAAAAAGAAACAGGUGAGAUUAAUUUAACAUAUUUUAUUUAACCCAAUAUAUCCAAAAAGUUACCAUUUCAAUACGUGUUACUAAAAGCUGCUUUUAAAAUGCUUAUAGAUUCACUAUUUGUUCAAUAUUUUUCUAAAGUGAUUUUUGGAAGGAAAAGAGAGGUCUAGGCAUUUUGUUCAAUCUUAGUUAAAAUUUAAAAGCCCAGUUAAUAUUCCUGUUUAAUGAUUUAACAUAUUUAAAAAAAAAUUUAUUUAUUUAUUUACUUUUGGCUGCUUUGGGUCUUCGUUGCUGCACGUGCGUUCUCUAGUUGCAGCGAGCAGGGGCUACUCUUCUUUGCGGUGCACAGGCUUCUCAUUGCGGUGGCUUCUCUUGUUGCAGAGCAUGGGCUCUAGGCGCGUGGGCUUCAGUAGUUGUGGCUCGUGGGCUCUAGAGCGCAGGCUCAGUAGUUGUGGUGCACGGAUUAGUUGACCCACAGCAUGUGGGAUCUCCCUGGACCAGGGCUUGAACCCGUGUCCCCUGCAUUGGUAGGUGGAUUCUUGACCACUGCGCCACCAGGGAAGUCCUGAUUUAACAAAUUUAUUGAGCACCUUCUAU